AGUCAACCCAAUCAGGAAACCGCGUGAAGCCGAACUCAACUCGCCAGAUUAUGGUGAGGCGACUGGUGAGUUUGGCCACGACUUGCUGGCAGGCGACGAGCACAAGAAGCCGAGUUUUUCAAGCCGUGUUGGUUCCCCAACGGGUAUCUUCGUUGUAACUCGGGAAAACAGGCGGAGCAAGUCGUCGAGUUGCAACAGUUCUGCAGACAAGUUUCGCGGGCCGUCAGUCUGCUGCACUUCCUCCCAAUCCUAUCUUGAGGAAGUUGGACAGAGGCUGAGCAGGUCUGACUGCAUGCAGGUCCUGUGCGAUCCACCGCUGCCAUGUCGGCGAAGGCCAUCUCAGAACAGACCGCCAAGGACUUCUUGUUCAAACACAUCUGCACCUCGUCGGCCGUGCAGAAUCGCUUCCGCUAUGCCAGUGUUACCGCCGAGACCGACUGGGCUCGCCUAACACAGGAGCACCCUUGGCUGCUAACUGAGAAACUGGUGGUGAAGCCGGAUCAGCUGAUCAAGCGGCGCGGGAAGCUGGGACUGGUUGGCCUAAACUUGGACCUAUCAGGCGUUCAGGAGUGGCUCAAAAGCCGCCUCAUGAAAGAAACCACCGUGGGUAAGGCAAAAGGCGUGCUGAAGAAAUUCCUCAUCGAGCCUUUUGUCCCCCACAAGCAGGAGGAGGAGUUUUACGUGUGCGUGUACGCCACGCGUGAGGGCGACCACCUGCUCUUCCACCACCAAGGCGGCGUGGAGGUGGGCGACGUGGACGCCAAAGCUCAGCGGCUGAUGGUCGCCGUGGACGACAAGCUCGGCCGGGAUCAAGUGACCAAGCAGCUGCUCACGCACAUAUCCGAUGAGAAGAAAGAAAUCCUGGCCAGCUUUAUAGUGGAGCUCUUCAACCUCUACGAGGAGCUGUACUUCACAUACCUGGAGAUCAACCCUUUGGUUGUCACCCAGGAUGGCGUUUACGUCCUCGACAUGGCGGCUAAGAUCGACGCCACUGCCGAUUACAUCUGCAAGGCCAAGUGGGGCGACGUGGAAUUCCCGCCGCCUUUCGGCAGGGAAGCUUAUCCCGAGGAGGCCUACAUAGCUGAUCUUGAUGCCAAGAGCGGUGCCAGUCUCAAGCUGACGUUAUUGAACCCUCGUGGCAGGAUCUGGACCAUGGUGGCAGGGGGCGGAGCUUCUGUCGUAUAUAGCGACACCAUCUGCGACCUGGGCGGCGUAGACGAACUGGCCAACUACGGCGAGUACUCCGGCGCGCCCAGCGAGCAGCAGACGUACGACUAUGCCAAAACGAUCCUCUCCCUCAUGACCCGUGAGAAGCACCCUCAAGGAAAGGUCCUCAUCAUCGGAGGAAGUAUUGCCAACUUCACAAAUGUAGCAGCCACAUUCAAGGGUAUCGUCAGGGCCAUCAAGGACUACCAGGGUCCCCUCAAGGAGAACGAGGUCACCAUCUUUGUUCGACGGGGUGGGCCUAACUACCAGGAGGGUCUCAGGGUCAUGGGGGAAGUCGGGAAGACCACAGGUAUUCCUAUCCACGUUUUCGGCACAGAGACGCACAUGACGGCCAUCGUGGGCAUGGCGCUAGGUCACAAACCCAUCCCCAACCAGCCACCAACGGACGCCCACACCGCCAACUUCCUGCUCAAUUCAAGCAACAACGUGAUGACUCCAGCUGCUACAAGGACGGCCUCCUUCUCGGAAGCCAAGCCGUGCGAUGACGUCACUCCGAGCAAAAAGUCCAAAGCGGGUCUCCCGGCAGACCCUCUUCAUUCAUUACUGUGGCCUCUGAAGAAUGUGGUCACAGGUGAUUGGACAGAAGCGCAGGCCUCAUCAGGCUUCGGCGGAGCCAAAGCCACAACACUCUUCAGUAAGCACACCAAGACCGUGGUUUGGGGCAUGCAGACGCGAGCCGUGCAAGGGAUGCUGGACUUCGACUACGUGUGCUCCCGCGACCAACCCUCAGUGGCUGCUAUGGUUUACCCCUUUACCGGCGACCACAAGCAGAAGUUCUACUGGGGGCACAAGGAGAUCCUGGUUCCAGUCUACAAAAGCAUGAGCGACGCCAUGAAGAAGCACCCUGAGGUGGACGUGAUGAUCAGCUUUGCGUCGCUGCGCUCGGCCUUCGACAGCACAGUGGAGGCUAUGCAGCACCCGCAGAUUCACACCAUCGCCAUCAUCGCAGAGGGCAUCCCGGAAGCGCUUACCAGGAAACUGAUCAAGAUGGCCGACGAGAAAGGUGUCACCAUCAUUGGGCCCGCGACGGUUGGUGGAAUUAAGCCGGGCUGUUUCAAAAUUGGCAACACUGGCGGCAUGCUGGACAACAUCCUGGCCUCCAAGCUCUACCGGCCCGGCAGCGUGGCCUACGUGUCGCGUUCCGGGGGCAUGUCCAACGAGCUCAACAACAUUGUCUCCCGCACAACUGACGGCGUCUACGAAGGCGUGGCCAUCGGAGGAGACAGGUACCCUGGCUCCACCUUUAUGGACCAUGUUCUUCGCUACCAGGACACUCCAGGCGUUAAAAUGAUCGUGGUGCUGGGAGAGAUUGGCGGCACGGAGGAGUACAAGAUCUGUCAGGGCAUCAAGGAGGGCAGGAUCACCAAACCGGUCGUGUGCUGGUGUAUCGGAACUUGCGCCACCAUGUUUGCAUCUGAGGUCCAGUUCGGCCAUGCCGGUGCAUGCGCCAACCAAGCGUCGGAAACAGCAGUGGCCAAAAACCAAGCGCUGCGGGACGCCGGAGCUUGCGUUCCCAAGAGCUUUGACGAGCUGGGUGAUGUCAUCAGGACAGUUUAUGAUGAACUGGUGGCCAGUGGCACCAUUGUUCCCGCCCAAGAGGUUCCUCCCCCGACCGUACCGAUGGAUUACUCUUGGGCCAGGGAAUUGGGCUUGAUCCGUAAACCCGCCUCCUUCAUGACCAGCAUCUGUGACGAGCGAGGCCAGGAGCUCAUCUAUGCUGGCAUGCCCAUCACUGAGGUUUUCAAGGAGGAGAUGGGUUUAGGAGGAGUGCUGGGACUUCUUUGGUUCCAACGCAGGUUGCCUCGCUACGCCUGCCACUUCAUCGAAAUGUGCCUGAUGGUGACGGCCGACCACGGGCCCGCCGUCUCCGGCGCGCACAACACCAUUGUGUGUGCGCGAGCCGGCAAAGACCUCAUCUCCAGCCUCACGUCCGGCCUGCUCACCAUCGGGGACCGUUUUGGCGGCGCCCUCGACGCAGCUGCCAAGCAGUUCAGCAAAGCCUUCGACAGCGGCAUGCUGCCAAUGGACUUUGUCAACAAGAUGAAGAAGGACGGCAAGCUCAUCAUGGGCAUAGGACACCGUGUCAAAUCAAUCAACAACCCAGACAUGCGGGUGCAGAUUUUGAAGGACUUUGUGAAGCAGCAAUUCCCUUCCAGUCAGCUGCUCGACUACGCCUUGGAUGUGGAAAAGAUCACCACCUCAAAGAAACCCAAUCUCAUCCUCAACGUCGACGGUUUUAUCGGCGUCGCCUUCGUGGACCUACUCAGGACGUGUGGCGGCUUCACUCGCGACGAGGCUGACGAGUUUGUGGAGAUCGGCGCGCUAAAUGGCAUCUUUGUCCUCGGCCGAAGUAUGGGCUUCAUCGGUCACUACCUGGACCAGAAAAGGCUCAAGCAGGGUUUGUACCGACACCCCUGGGACGACAUCUCCUACGUCCUCCCCGAACACAUGUCCAUGUGACACACUAGCGCGCCUCACCCGCCUAAUGUUUACUCUCGCUCGCUCUCUGCCUUGGGAAAAGUCGGCAGAAGUAGUAGUACGGUACAUCCUGAUUGAAAGUUCAGAGUAGAAGCAUUCAGUCUAGUUUUUAAAGGAUGAAAGGGGGAAGUAUAUUUUUUAGAUUUUGUUUUUUGACAACAACUGAGUUGUGGCCAGAGCACAAAGAAACAGGAUUUGGAUUGCUUCUGUAUUUGGACCGCAUGGAAUCAGGUAACCUUUACUAUCUUGUCUGUUUUAUGUUUAUCAUGACAACUUAUUUAUUCGAACGGUUGUUUAGGCCUUCAUUCGAACGUGAGGUCCACAUGUUUUCUACCUUCAUUUAAGGUCUAGUUCAGCAAUACACAAAGCGGUAGUCGGGCUCACUCUGGUGGUACUUGAAAGAAACACUGCCCAAGUAGUUAAUAUUUAGUACAAUUCUCCUGUAUUUAGGCAGUGUUAACAUUCAAUUUGUGCAUAAUGUUAGUGACUUGCAAUAAUGUUUCAUGAACACUUACCGCUCGGCUACUCCAGUACUUUAAUGUCGCUCAUUAAAACUCCUUAAAUGCCUUGGUAAUUUCACACACUCUGCAGUUUAGAUCAGUUAAGAAAAAUCAUUGCUCCGAUAAGUGAAGAAAAAAGACUACUGUAAUCUCAAGAAAGGAAGAAAAACUGAAAUGUAACAUUGGGGAAUGACUCCUAAACAGCUUUUUUAAAACUCGCCAUAAUUUUGAAUUUUCCCCCACUCACAACUCCUUCUGUUGCUUCUAUUUAACUGUGAAGAUAUACCUAUUUGUUUGUUUUGUAACAUGCUGUCAGAGUAGUUUAAUAAAGACUUUGUUUUA